UUGGUGGGGUGUCAGCGGGAGGAGGGACCAACAGAGCCGGCCGGCUGCUAGUGUUUGAAAAUGAAUGAUAUGCUGCUGCUGUAGACAUCGUGGUCAGUUGUUGGAUUAGUGGCGCCUCUGCUUCAUUUAAAAAACAAUAAAGGAAAAUAGCAAUCCUAGAGAAACGUUGUUGGAUACAAGCUGAGAAGAGAAUCAUCUAACAAUGCAACUGACCGCGUGCGAGUCCAGCGCCACGUCUGAAGCAGUGGUGAUGGAGCCACCUCAAGCAGGAGGCUUUCUGGGGUCAUGUGGUGCAGGUGAAAGGUCAGCUUCCCUUGAUGACUGCAUUGUGGACACAGCAAAUGAGUCCUCAGAGGAAGAGUCCACAGGGGAGAAGGAGGAGGAGGCCGCUGCUCGAGAUGCAGCCCCCAACAGCACUAAGACUGAGGCGGCCACAGAGGUGCAGAGUUCAGGUGCCCAACUGGCGAAUGCCCAGCGCCCAGACUCGCUGUCUGUGCCGGCGGCAGCAGAGCUCCAUCUCUGGACAACACAGGGCGAUGGGGAGGUGAAACUCAGGAUUGGGGACUCUGGUGUGGCGGCUGAGACUCCUUUGACUGUGGACCAGAUGUUUGCUGCAGCUGCUGAACGUUUUAGUGACUUCACAGCUUUGGGUUGGAAGGACGGUGAGCAACAAAAAACCCUCACCUACAAAGAGUACUACCAGGCUUGUCGCACUGCUGCCAAGAGUUUCUUAACGCUGGGUUUGGAGCGGUACCACGGAGUCGGGAUUCUGGGCUUCAACUCUGCAGAGUGGUUCAUCGCUGACAUCGGAGCCAUUUUGGCAGGUGGGUUUGCUGUGGGGAUUUACACCACCAACUCUUCUGAGGCUUGUCACUACGUAGCAGAAAACUCCAAAGCCAACAUUAUUGUGGUGGAGAACCACAAACAGCUGCAGAAAAUCCUUCAGUUUGAAGACAGGCUGCCUCACUUGAAAGCAAUUAUCCAGUACAAAGAUGCACUAAAAGAGAAGAGACCAAAUCUGUACUCGUGGGCAGAAUUCAUGGAGCUCGGACGCAAUGACCCGGAUGGGCCUCUUGAUGCAAUCAUCUCCAGCCAGAAGCCCAAUCAAUGCUGCACGCUCAUCUACACCUCAGGAACCACAGGCCAGCCUAAGGGGGUUAUGCUGAGCCAUGACAAUAUAACUUGGACCGCGCUUUCAACAGGUAAACACGUCCACCUGAAAGACGCCACUCAGUCCCAGGAGGUGGUGGUCAGCUACCUGCCACUGAGCCACAUCGCAGCUCAGAUGGUCGACAUCUGGGUCACCAUGAGGGUCGGAGGGGCGACCUACUUCGCUCAGCCAGACGCCCUGAAGGGAUCUCUGGUAAACACCUUGAAGGAGGUGCGUCCGACAGCCUUCAUGGGUGUCCCUCGUGUCUGGGAAAAGAUGCAGGAGAAGAUGAAAUCGGUUGGAGCAAAAUCUUCAGCUGUGCGGCGGAAAGUGGCUGCCUGGGCCAAAGAUGUUGGUCUGCAGACUAAUCUGACCAAGAUGAAUCAAAACGCAGAAGCUGGCCGCGCUCCAUUCAGCUAUCAAGUCGCCAAAAAGCUUGUCUUUAAAAAGGUACGCAAGGCUCUAGGCCUGGACCGCUGCAACAAAUGCUACACGGGCGCCGCCCCGAUCACCAAAGACACACUGGAGUUCUUCCUCAGCCUGGACAUUCCUCUCUACGAGCUGUACGGCAUGAGCGAGACCACCGGACCCCACACCAUCUCCACACCUGAGGCCUUCAAACUCACCAGUUGUGGUAAAGAAAUCCCAGGGUGUAAAACAAAGCUGCACAGCCCCGAUGAGGAGGGAAACGGAGAGAUCUGCUUCUGGGGCCGCCACAUCUUCAUGGGUUACCUCAACAUGCUCGACAAGACGGAGGAGGCCAUCGAUGAGGACGGCUGGCUGCACUCGGGUGACCUGGGCAAACACGACGAGAGCGGCUUCCUCUUCAUCACCGGGCGAAUUAAAGAGCUGAUCAUCACAGCAGGAGGUGAAAACGUCCCUCCGAUCCCCAUCGAGGACGCAGUGAAGAAGGCCGUGCCGCUGAUAAGCAACGCCAUGCUGAUCGGAGAUAAAAGGAAGUUUCUGACCAUGCUGCUCACCAUUAAGUGCCAAGUCAACGCAGAGACGACCGACCCUGUGGACGAGCUGUCGCCAGAAGCCGUGGAGCUCUGCAGGAAGCUGGGCAGCAACGCCACGCGCGUCUCUGAGAUUGCCGGCGGCCGGGACCGCGCAGUCCACGCCGCCAUCCAGGAGGGGAUCAACAAAGUCAACGAGAAGGCGACUUCCAACGCUCAGCGCGUUCAGAAGUGGAUCGUUCUGGAUCGAGACUUCUCAGUCGGCGGAGGAGAGCUGGGUCCGACCAUGAAGCUGAAGAGGCCCGUGGUGCUGAAGAUGUACAAAGAUCCCAUUGAGAACCUCUACAAAGAGACGUCGACCCCGCUGACCCAAGACAACCCGCUGCCUCUCAAAUAGAGGUGCGACCUUCAGACAGCCAGCGUCGCCCUCCGCCUCUUAAGCCCGUCUCCUGAUGUCGUUUUGUUCCUGCAUGGUUGUUUCGCCUCAGGCUGUGGUCCUUCAGUCUUGGUUUACGUUGGUCCUUGUUGUACAGACAAAGCAGAGAAUUAGCUUUAUGGGUUUAAAUCCAAACGCAAACAUUUAUUUGAUGAAAUAUCAGCAUAGAGCGGUUUGUGGAGAGGUGGUACUGAAAUACUUGAGCUACAGACAGAAUCCAAACGCAGCAGUUAAUAGGAUCCUUUUAAAGGAAUGACUUGAUAUUUAUUUUUUUUGUUUGCCAAAGCAGUUCUUACAAAAAGAAUUAAUAAAAAUACACAAAUCGAAUGAAGAAAAAAGUUUUAGUUGCAGUUUUUCUGAACUCAAAACUAUCUCUAAAUUAUAAACAUGAAGCCAUUUAUGUUGCUUUUUUUUUUUUUUUACUUGUAAAGUCAUCCUGUGUUGAGUUGCUUUAUGCUCACUUGUUCAUUCUGUGGAAUAUUGUAAAUAUGUUUGCUAUGUUUGAUGACCUCUUGGUUGAAUUGGUUCUUUUCAAUUGAGUUGAGGGGGUAAAAUGUACAUUUGUUAGGUUACAUGUCAGUUUAUAUAUCAGCUAAAAUCACCUCGUUGUUAUGGGUCUGUGCAUCUUUUGGCCUUCUUGAAGAUUUUAUUUUUUAUUUAAUGGGACAUAAAAAAAAAGCGUAUUGCACUCAGUACAGCUGCUCUAUACAAGCGGUUAUUGUAUAUAAUUAUAUUUUAGGUAUGUGAAGCAUUCAGAACUUGGUGGUUCUGGUUCUGGAGUUAUUUAAACAGAUGAAUAAAGGAAAUGAUGGUGAUUCAGUUUCAGGGUUAAAUUAAUUUUCAGUUGCACCAACAUCUAGUUGACUGAGGCGACUUUCAAUGUAAAAACAAUAACAAAAAAUCUGAUGUAAACAAAGCACGGUAAAUCGCUAGCAGUGUGAGAGCUCACAAAAAAGCAGACAGAAACUGAAUUCACUUGAACCUGAGCUGCUUAAAUCAAAACACAUUCAUGCAGCAGAGAGAAAGUGAAUCCUGACAGAAAUGUGAAUAUUUCUUUCAUCUGUCCUGAAAUAAAAAGUCAUGGCAACCAUG